AUGGACCACUCCCACAUGGAUCACGGCCACAUGGACCACGGCAACAUGGGUCACGGCGGCCACCAGUGCAAGAUGAACAUGAUCUUCACCUGGUCAACCCAAGACCUCUGCAUCAUCUUCGACUGGUGGCACAUCCACAGCUCCUUCACGCUCUUCAUGUCGCUGUUGGGCGUCGUGAUCCUGACCGCGGGGUACGAACUCGUGCGCGAGCUUGCGCGGCGGUACGAGGCUGGCGCGAACCAGAAGAUGCAGAAUUUGCCUGACACACGAGAUGAUGGCGAAUCGAGCUCAUUACUGUGGCCAGGGAGGACGAGGGGGGAGGCCGAGCAAAGGAGCAGGAUUGUCAAGGCGGUGUUUUAUGCCGUCCAGGUGUUCUACUCGUUCUUUAUCAUGUUGCUGUUCAUGACGUACAAUGGCUGGGUUAUGCUAGCAGUGGCCGUUGGGGCUUUUGUGGGGUAUCUGGCGUUUGGGAAUUCAUCGGCGACGAAGAGCGUUGCCUGUCACUGA